AUGGAUGAUGCGGCCGAAUUUUUAAAGAAGACAAUUGAAACUACUCCAUGGAAUGAAAUUUUUAUUUAUGCAAAUAAAAUUAUACAAGAUCCAACGAAAUCACAAGUAGGACUUCACAUAUGGAACGAAAUAUAUCAAUUUUAUACUUCAGAUGAUUCUAGGCAAGCUUUAUUUCAUAUUUUUACAAUUUGUAAUGAAAUUCUUACAUCUUCUACUCAUCCAGAUGAUCAGAAUGAAGCACUUAAUUUCCUUCAGUUCCAUCUUGUUCGGAUUGAAGAAUAUCUUUCAGAAGAAGAGAAAAAUAUUGGCGAACAAAUUAUUACAACUGUUCAAAACGAAAUACACAGUAAUUUAUACUCAAACCAUAAUGAACAAGAGUUAAACUCAUACAUACGCAUAGUUUGCAAUUUAGUUGCUGAAUCUCCAGAAUUUAUCCAAGAAUCUAAGUCAGAUUUUUUACAAAUUGCAAUUUCGGCAUGUUCAGAUGACUCCAUACCUAUUAAAUUGCGUAUUUCCAUGCAUAACAUCAUUGAAGCUUUUGCUGAAAUAAUUGCAUUAGAAAAUAGAGAAGAAAUUCCAAUGAUUAUCAACAAUUCGUGCAAUCUAGCAAUAGAAGCAUGCAGAAAUGAUCUCGAUUACAACUUCCCUCUUUCAUUUUUCUAUGGUUUAUCAAAAUCAUUCAGCGAUGAUGCGGAAGAACUGUUCCAAAUCUUCAUGCAGAUUGUUCAGGAGCUUACAACUAAUGAUGAUGGUGAUGAAUUGAUGAAGACAUGUUGCAAGAAAGUCUCUCUUUUGAUACUUCGUUCAAUUUCUGAAGGUUUUCAAGAAAUUAUUGCAGAAAACAUAGAAUAUUAUUUAGAAGUUGCAUUGCAAAACGAUAUAGAGGAUGAUGAAGAGGUUGUUAACUCAAUUUGCAACGUAAUUAGAGAAAUUACAGAUAAUACUCCAGAAUCAUUGAUUCCUUUUGUUGAUGACAUUGUUGAAUACUUAGUAUCAAGGAUCAACAAUCAUGAUGCUUUGGUUGUUCUUGAUAAUCUCCUUUUUAAAGUCGAAAAAACACCAACAAACAUUUCAGAAAUGAUCCAAAUUUUGAUGACUGAUAUUGAAGAAAAAGAUGAUUUCGUGGUCGAAAAAGUCCUCUCCUGUAUAACAAGUGGACUCCAACAUUUCGAUGAAGUUGAUGAAACAAUUUUUGAAAGUUUGUCACCUUUUUUGUCAAAAUUUUUCGAAAAUCGGAAAGAAAUGAAAGAAAUUGUAUUGGAAUGUUAUGGAAGAUUAACAAAGACAUGUCCACAGAGUAUCAAAGCACAUCUUAAUGAGAUUGUUGACUUGAUAGAAGAAAGUUUUUCAUCAGAAAAUUGUCAAAUUGAUAAUUUAUGUCGAUGUAUUGAAGAAAUUUCUUUAGUUUUAUGUAGAUCGAUUUCUGAAUUCAUUCCUGUUAUUGUUCCUCCUCUUUGUUGUAUAAUACAGGAUAAAGAGAAGUCAGCAAAAGAGGCUGCACCUUGUUUGAGAUGUCUUUCGAAACUUUUUGGUUUAAUUCCGAAUGAAAUGGAAGAAUAUUUACCUUUUAUUGUUGAUAACUUGAAAAAGAAACCAUUUGAAAGCUCCGCUUACGUUAGUCCUUGUAUAGAAGGCAUUGCUUAUUGUAUUGAUGGUUUAUUGGCUUUGAAUCAAGAUACUUCUUUUUUCAUACAAACAUUUUUACCUUGUAUCAAAGGAUAUCCUUCGAAAGAUUCAUUCUUUGGGUUCUUGUUAAUUUCUGGAACAGCAUUCUCGUCAAUAUCCAAUUUGACACAGGAAUUCUUCGAUGAAUAUUUCGGAAUUUUCAUAGACGCUUUGAAUUUGAAGUUUUUGGGAUUGUUGAAAAGUGACACUUCAAAAGAAAUUGAUCCAUCAUUGAUUCAUCCUUUGUUUUAUGCUUUUAGUCAGUUUCUUCAUGUUGCUGGUCCUGAAUUAUGUCUUCCAUGCUUAGAAGUACUUUAUAAUACUUUACAUUCUCAACAAAAUUGUUCAAGUUUGAUGAGAAUUUAUUCUUUAAAUUUAUUGUCAAGAUUUUGUUUGAUUUGUCAUUUGGAAUCUGAAAUUUAUGAUAUAACAAUGAAUGAAAUAUUCUCAUUCUUGAAUGUAACAGAUAAUGAUUUGAUUGUUCGAACAACUUUGCAAUCUCUUUUUUAUUUAGUUUCGACAUCAAAAACAAAAACAAUUCAAAAUAUUGAGACAAUUUAUGGAUUUGUUAGAAAAUGUCUUGAUAAUUUUAACUCUCCGAAAGUCAUAAGAAAAGCAUCUGUUGUUCUAGCAAAGCUUUUGUCUGAAUAUAAUUUUGAUAAUACAAGUGAACUUAUUGAAGAAAUGUUGGUUACAAUCAAUCCUGAAUUUGAUUCAGAUGAAAUUGUUGGUGAAGCAGAAUUUUGUUUUUACUUGAUUAAGAAUGGAUUUUCUGAUGAAGAAUUGGUUGCAAAAAUAGCUUGUGAAUUCUUGUCAUCUAUGGAUUUCUAUAUUUCACAAGUUUCAGAUGAAAUAUACCAAGUAAUUUUGCAAAAAGUCUCAACGUUUGAUGAUGAAGAAACUAUAGCAGCAAUUGUGAAAUAUAAUCAAUAUAAAAUAGAAAAAAUACUAUCUCAUCUUCAGAGGUAG